AGCUAAACCCAUUUUCAAACAAAAAAACGCAAACAAAGAAAAGAAGAAAAAAAAAAAAAAGCUAUGGAAAGAAAAGAAACAGAGAAACCUGUGCUGUGAAACAAAAAGCUGAGAUAAUACACUGCGGCCAAAGAAAAAACAAAAACCAAAGCUCAAAUCCGAAUAAAUUUAAUUAAAAAAAAUUAUCGGAAGACCAUCUUUGUUUGUUCGUUCUCUUCGCUUUUAUUUUCUUUUCGUUUUCGUUAUUCUUCUCAUCUGAUCUCUUUAGCUAUGGAUCCUUUCGAUUUGUUUCUCAAAGGUUUUGGUUAGAGUUUGUUGGAACUCAAGCGUGUAUCCUCUGUAUCAGUUUCCUUUAUAUAUGUUGAAUCUAUUUUUUUCAUUUAAGUAAAGAAUGAGCCUAUCCAAGAAAGGAACCCAAAUUAGUGACACAAAACUAAGUUCCCCUAGCAAGGUAACAACUUUGAAUCCUAAUGCUGCAGAGUUCGUUCCCUUUUCUAUUAGGUCAUCAUAUUCAUCAGGAAGCACUAGUGCAGCUGAUGCAACAGCAAGGUUUGCUACUUCUGGGACCAUAGGAAAAGCAGUGCUUGAUCGGUCGGAGUCUUCUGUUUCAAAUAAUUCUGAUGAAGAGGCUCAUCAGUUCUGGCGUCACCAGCUCCCUGAUGACAUUACUCCAGACUUUAAGGUUAUUAAUGAGGAUGAUUCUCAAGGAAUUGGGUCUGACAGCCUCUCUUUAGCAGGUUUGUCCUUGCUUGAGAGUAGCGAAGCUUCAAGGUUAUCUGCUUCUGCUGGUGUUGGAUAUGUAUUCGGUGAUCAGCAUGAACUACUGCAUGAUUAUGGUAAUGGUAAUAGCUUUGCUGAAAAAUUGAGAUAUCCUGCUUCAUCCUAUGGAGAGGAUCCUACUUCAGCUAGUUUAUUGCACUUGCCAGCCAAACCUCGGGACAAGCAACUUGUUAACAGUGGCCAACUACUUGGCAACGGGAGGGAGGGACAACCAUAUAAUGGAAAUUCUAGACAUGGAUUCAGCAAUGAUAUUUUGGGAGAGCACACAAUUGUGGAUGAUACUGAAAUGAAUCCUCUGGAUUUUUUGGCUUCUCAAUUCCCUGGAUUUGCUGCCGAAAGCCUUGCUGAAGUUUAUUUUGCCAAUGGUUAUGAUUUAAAUUUGACUAUAGAGAUGCUCACACAGCUUGAGCUUCAAGUUGAUGGUGGUUUCAACCAGAACCUGAAUUCAAAGGCCUUGUCAGCUCCCAAUCUGAGUACGUUAGACUUUCCUACACUUACUGUUUCAGAUGGUCAGAAUGGUUCCUCAGAAUACGCAGCAGAUGAUCUUCAACAUGGGUCCAAUCCUUAUCGAUCUUCUGACAAGGACAAUAUUCUUAUGUUCAAAUCCAGUUCUUCCCUUCCAUCUAGAGGUGCCAUAGAUUUUGCAUCAGCUGUCAGGAAAAUGGCAUCUCAAGAUUCUGGAAUAUGGAAGUAUGAUAGAAAUGGUUCUGCUGAUUCAACUGUUGGGUCAAGUAGAAGUUCUCAUGGGCUAGCUAAUACCUACAGUGCUGCACCUGGAAGAGGGGUUUAUGCUAAUAGGUUGCAGACUCGUGGUUCAGCUCGUUCAGCUCCUGUUUGGCUUGAGACUGGAGAUGCAGUGGCAAAUUUGUACUCUGAACUACGGGAAGAAGCUCGAGACCAUGCACGUUUACGUAAUGCCUAUUUUGAACAGGCACACCAAGCAUUUGUCAUUGGCAACAAGGCUCUAGCAAAGGAACUUAGUGUGAAAGGACAACUGUACAAUAUGCAUAUGAAGGCAGCUCAUGGAAGAGCUCAAGAGUCUAUAUAUCGCCAGAGGAACCCAGUUCCUCCAGAGAAUGUCAGAGGGCAGGAGCGGAUGAUAGACCUGCAUGGAUUGCAUAUUAGUGAAGCCAUUCAUAUACUGAAGCAUGAACUAUCAGUGCUGAGGAGCACAGCAAGGGCAGCAGAUCAGCGUCUGCAGGUAUACAUAUGUGUUGGAACUGGCCACCAUACUAGGGGUUCUCGUACUCCAGCAAGACUUCCAGUUGCUGUACAGCGCUAUCUUCUUGAAGAGGAGUGCCUUGACUAUACAGAACCACAGCCAGGGCUACUUCGAGUUGUGAUAUAUUGAAGCCAUGGACUAGACAGCGUUGAGGUAUAGGAGUUUUUGACAAAACAGAAAAACUCUCCAAAGUCAUAGUCACCAUAGUCAUUCUUGUAUCUAAUACAUGGGAGGAAAUGGAAGAGAAAUUAGUUUUUAAGUCUGAAAAAAAAAAAGAAAAAAAAUGGAAAAAAGGGGUUCAAAAAAGCUACGGGAAAGGGAAAAAAAGAAAGAAGCAGAAGUGUAUCAUUAAUGUUUAGCCAGAUGACAGCAACAAUUGCAUUUUGGUAGCAUCAGAGGGGGGGGGGGGUGAAGCUGACCCCAGCCAGCAACUUCUUUUCUUCGUUUUGUUAAUUGUGUAUUUUAAUUUUUACUUUGUUAAAUUCCUUUUUUUGGGGGGGUUAAGUCUCAGAUGUAACUGAUAGAAUUGAAUUACAUGAUAGUACGAUUCAUGAAGAA